CGUCAAUGGUUAGUAAACCUAACUCAUUUUUUAAGCAAUAUCAUUAAAAAAGAAACAGAAGAAGAAGAGAUUAACAGUUGUAGGCUUUAAAAAAUUUCAGAGCAACAUCAUGAGGAGGUUUGCCUUGGAAACCUGAGGAGAUUUCAAUUUAGAGAGCUUCAGAUGGCAACAAACAACUUCACCAGCAAGUACUUGGUUGGAAAAGGUGGUUUUGGAAAUGUCUACAAAGGCUGUCUCAGAGAUGGUAUAGUAGUAGCAGUUAAAAGGCUUAAAGAUGGUAAUGCCAUUGGUGGUGAGAUUCAAUUCCAAACUGAAGUUGAGAUGAUCAGCCUGGCAGUUCACAUGAACCUUCUUCAGCUUUACGGGUUUUGUAUGACGGCCUCUGAGAGGCUCUUAGUUUACCUCUAUAUGUCAAACAACAGUGUUGCCUCCCGCCUCAAAGCUAAGCAUAUGGACUCACAACAAAGACAAGUGCACAAAGGAUGAUGAAUUGAAGGAUGGAGCAAGUUUCAUGCAUGAUUUACUUUUGUGUAUCUUGUAAUGUUUCUGUUUUUCAUUUUUGAAGUAAAAAAUGUUCAAGAUUAUAAAACUUUAUUAUGUUAUGCUUUCAAACUUAAGUUAGAACUAAGAUCUCAUGAAGUAGACACAUUCAUGGUUU